UCCUGAUGGGAGGUGCUUAUCACUCCCAAAAAUCUUCUCUGCUCACCGGAGGAGGAGGACAAGGCACUCGGGAGCUGCUGCACGCAAACAAUGGACUAAACCUCCCGGAGUAAGAUCACAUUUUUUUAGGAACUGAAACCCCCUGCGCUUCAAAGAAGUGAUAUCAUUCCACUCUCUCAGGUAAGAAAAUCACCGGUUAAGUGCUGAUGAGUGAACGACUUAUUUUUUUUUUCCCCGUCACUCAAUUAAGAAAUGCGUCUUUAUGUCUGGUGUGAAGGGAAAGGCCUGAACUUUCCAUGUGUUGAGUUAAACAUCUCUAAUGAAACCAUGAGACGUUAAUCGAUUAGUGAGUCGUUUUAGGUUGACACACAGUGAACGAAGUUUAAUCUAAAUUAGUUUCAUUGUCUCGUUUUGACACAUUUUUUACCUAAAGCACAACAAAACUCCGUUUCAAUCGAAUGUUCCUGUACUGUAUGAGGCAUGAGUCAAUACAGACACACUUUGCAUCUAAAAAAAACUCUAAAAGUAACAGUUUUGUUCAAACUUGUUUAUUUAAUUUAUUGCCAUGACCACAAAUUGUUGGCGCAUGUGAAAUAAGUAUUUUUCCUCAUGAUGCUGCAGCUGUUUGUGCUGAGAUAUGUUUGUGUUUAUUAUCAUCAGGCUGCUUUUAUUGGAUGUGAAUCAUCUGUUCUUCGAGGUCUGUUACUUUCUUCCACUAACUCUUCCUCCUCCUGCUCCUCUCCCCAGUUCUGCAAAGAUCUCCAGAUAUGAUUCAGAGGAACGAGGUGGUGCUAUCUGUUUUCAGAGAGCUCCAGGAGGCCACAGAGAACUCUGGUCUGGAUGCUCUCACGAGAGUGGCCGUGGUAGCAGACCAGGUCCUUGCUCCUUUCCAGUUCCCCAGGACCCCCUGCUAUGAUAUCCCUGACUGGGCAGGUGUGGAUGACGCAGCUCGGGGCCUGUACCCGGCGGAUGCCCCUGCAGGCCUCUUGCCUUUAAACUGCAAAGGAGAAGGCAACGUCCUGUUUGACGCAGUCAGCAUGCUGUUGGUGGGAAACACAGCUUUAAGCCUGGAGCUACAAGUACGGACAGUCGUGGAAAUGGUGCUUUGGAAGCGAUACUACCUCUCUGGGAUGAUUGAUUCUAAAAUGAUGCUUCAGGCCGUUCGCUUCAGUCUCUGUGCUGAUGAGUCUGAAGACAUGCUCAACCUACCUGUCACAGUCUUGGAGGCCAUCUUUGACGCGGACGUUAAAGCUUCCUGCUUCCCCGGCUCCUACGCCAACAUGUGGCACCUUUACGCCCUAUCAUCAGUCCUCGAGCUGAAGAUCUACUCCAUCUACCCCAUGUUCAACCUCAAGAUACGGCCAUAUUUCAACCGAGUCAUACGGCCACGACUGUGGCCCAAAGACUCUGAGCCACUAACCCUCCACAUCAUGUGGUCUGGUGAGUUGCAGUCUGGGGGCUUGUUCAGGCCAAAUCAUUUUGUUGCACUAGCCCACACCUCCGACUUCACAUUUGAGACUGCCGACAGCGAGCAGAGGGCAUCUCCCCUCAAGAGCGAGGAGCUGCUGAACCAAGACUCACAGCUUUCGUACCCGAAUCUGAAGGACAAGUACAACAUCACCAAGAGGACCUUCUACCGCUGGAAAAGGCAGACACAGGAGCACUGCAAAAAGUCGGCAGCUAGGUAUGAGGCAAAGUAUUUCCUGCAGGCCUGCUACUUGGAAGGGAAGCUGAUCCCUCUUCACCAGUUUAAGGAGUUUUUCCCAGAGAUCUCAAGGUCGUCAUACUAUAACUGGAAGCAUGAGCUUCUGAAAACCGGAGGGAACUUCUCCACCUCGUCUUCCACGGGAGAGAUCAGUCCUGGAGAGAGCACAGAGCAGGAGUUGUGGUCGUCGCCUGAAGCAAAGCAGGAUGAGCCAGACCACCACGACAGUGUGGCCAGUAUGUUUGGCCUAAACCUUGGCAAGGUGGACCUCGAUCGUGCCCAGGGUCUAGCACAUAUGCAGGAAGCCAAGCGCUGCCUGCAGAAUUGCAUUGCCAUGAACUCCUCACUCCCCUUCAGGGUCUUUAAAAGAAAUUUCCCAGGAAUCUCCAGAUCAACCUACUACAACUGGAGGAGAGAGGCCCUGCAUUUCAACAGAGGUUACAAAGGUAGUGCCGGCAGCAGUGAGGACAGCUCAGAUGUGGACAAGAGCCACAGUCCAAAAAGUCUGUCACCUAUCCCACCAAACAUCAACCAGCUUGUCAAGCCCAGGAUGAGGAUCUACAGACGGAAGCACAGAAGUUUCAGGUUGGCAUACAUGAGUAAGAAACAGCUCAGAGAUGCUGCAAAACAUCACGUUCAGAAGUCAAAGUGGUCCCUGACAAAGUUCAAGCUCAGGUUCCCGUCGAUGUCACCUUGUUUCUACUGGCUGUGGCGGAGCAGGCAAAACCACAAGAAGAAAAUGGUCACUCAGAGUAACGAUGUCCUCCCACUUAAUCUGGAGUGCACCAAGGUGGUAAACGAGAUCGUGGAGAGUCCGCCUAUGCUCCCGUUCGUAGAGAGGCCACGAUAUCUAGAACCCCCCACUUUGCCCUCUCUAGAUAACACACAAUCCAAGCACAUACUUCACAACAAUGCACCGACAGAUGAGCAGAUAUUUGCAAUGGAUGUCGUGGCUCUGGCCAACUUCAAGGCCAAGGCCAAGCUGUUCCUGCAGCAACGUUUUGAAGAAAAAUCCUUCCCCACAUUCAAAGAAUUCAGGUCCUACUUCCCCUUCACUCCACGCUCUACGUACUACAUGUGGAAGCGAGCGUUGCAUCACGGCGUGUCACUGGUUCAUGGAUAAAUGCCUUUAAUUGUGUACAAAGUGGCUUUGAGGGGCCAAAUAAUAGCUCUGUUGAAGAACUUGAAAAACCUCUUUGCUGUAUUGCGUUGUAACAUACUACCUACACACACUGUUGUCCUCAUGUUUUGGGGUUCUAAAAGACUGUUGAGCACACCGGGUUUGCAUCUUAAUGCAUUGUGUCCUUCCUCUGCCCCACCACCGCAGCUCGUUCCUCCCUCCUGGACAUUUGCACGUGUGUGAAAAGAAACUGAGUCAUGGGUCUGUUUAAACCCUGCAUGUUGCCCUCCAGGCAAAAGGCAGUUCAAAGCUGUUGUUUAGUAGCAUUUUGUUUGAAGCUGUUUUCUUCUCCUGUGUCUUUCAGUCCCUGCCAAGCCUUGUACUUGGAGCCCUUUUAUAUAUUUUUUCAUUGUUUGAACGUUAAGUCUUUAUUGUAUGAUUUUUUAUUUUUUUUUUGGUUGUUGUUGAUGCCUGAAUUGAUUGGUAUUCUUGGCAGAUUAAAACAUUUUUUUUGAUUCUUUGCAUAUAAAGAGCAGCCAGUAUUUCACAACAUCUUGUUCAGACAUUCCAUGUAAACAAGGUUCCUGACCUUUUUUCUCUAUAUAUAUAUAUAUGUGUAUGUAUUUGAAUGUACAUCAAUCUCAGGGUUUCACUCAGUGCUUUGAAUAUCCAGGUGACCGCAUCAAGGCUUUGGCAUUUUAAAGUGCCUCCUUUUUCCACACUGUAUUUGCACUAAAAUGGUUUCCAUUACACUGUUGAAUGUGUUUUUUUAUUCAUUGUGCACACUGGAUAAGUUCCCACAACUCUGUUUGUGAGAAUUACCUUGAAAGGGAAUUAUAAAUGAAGAUAUUUUGCUUUGUACAAACAGCUUGAUCAACUACCUAGUUCCCAGAAAUACUGGGGAAAGUUUCCAUUUUAAAGCUAUUUUUUCCCCCCCACUGUUUUGUUGUAAAUGAAGUUUCAUUUUAAUUUGCUUCACGUGCAGUGUUUUGUUAAAGUACCUCUGAAUAAUGGACAUAAACCUACAUUUGCACACUAUGUAUUUAUUUUUUCUUAUUCAUCACAUGCCUGAUAUUGGUACUGUUGCCAGCAGCCUGUGUUGUUCAGUCAGGAGUUGAGACAUUUUGUACUGGCACAGAAUCAAUAAACAAUUGAUCAGCAA